AUGAAAAACCAAGGGAAUUUAGCAACAAAUGAUGAAUAUUUUUUAGAAGAUUCAAAUGUUAAUAGAGAAACAUUUGUUUAUAUAGAUUCAGAAGAUGGAAUAGAAAGAGUUUCAAAAAACAUAAAUACAUAUGUUAAUAAUGAAAGAAAUACAUAUACAAGCACAUUAGAAGAACCUAUUUAUAUGACAAUUUAUAACGAUAUUAAAAUGAUAGGAAUCAGAGCAAAAUAUAUACUACUUCCUCAUAAAGAUAAUAAUACUUUAAAUAAUUGGGAUUUAUGGGGACCAUUUAUUUUUUGUCUUAUUUUUUCUUUAUGUUUAUCAUUAAAAACGUCAAAAAAUGAAUCAAUCAAUGUUUUUACAGGAAUUUUCUGUAUCGUCUGGGCGAGCCAAUUGGUUAUCACUUUAAAUUUCAAACUUUUAAAAGUUCCAAUGUAA